UUGUGGUGUGGUGUUGAUUUGUGCCAGGAAUUGUACGAGGAAUUCGACGCAGUGACUCUGUGCACAGGGGCGACGUGGCCACGUGACCUGCCGAUCGCAGGGCGGGAGCUGCAGGGCAUCCACUACGCCAUGAGCUUCCUGGAGUCGUGGCAGAAGCGACAGAUGGGUCCCACCAAUGUGCCGCCCCUCCUCGCCAAGGACAAGAAUGUUAUCAUUAUUGGGGGCGGUGACACCGGAUGCGACUGUAUUGCCACUUCUCUCAGACAGGGCGCAAAGAGCAUUACGACGUUCGAAAUCCUGCCUGAGCCGCCUGAGAAGAGGAGCCGCGACAACCCUUGGCCGCAGUACCCGCGUGUCUUCAAGGUCGACUACGGCCACGAGGAAGUCAAGCUCAAGUUCGGAAACGACCCCAGGCAGUUCAACACUCUCAGCAAGGAAUUCCUGAGCGAUGGUAAUGGAAAUGUUGCUGGAAUCAGAACAGCUCUGGUGAAGUGGACAAAAGACGACACCGGAAGGUGGAAGAUGGAUGAGGUUCCUGACUCUGAAAAGGUGUACAAAUGUGACCUGGUGCUGCUGGCGAUGGGCUUCCUCGGCCCGGAGAGAGACAUUGCCUCCGAGUUGGACCUGAACUUGGACCCCAGAUCCAACUACCAGACGCCCACUGGCAAAUACGCCACGUCUGUGCCAAAAGUAUUCGCUGCCGGAGAUUGUCGCCGAGGCCAGAGCCUGGUGGUGUGGGCGAUCUCGGAGGGCAGACAGGCGGCGCGGGAGGUGGAUGCCUUCCUGAUGGGGGAGACGACGCUGCCCGGGCCGGGAGGGGUCAUCACCACGCUCACCCAGAAGGGCUGAAGGCUCAACGCAGGGACACGCUCUGUUAUGGCUCUAGUCCUAGUCCAAUAGGUCAGUCAAGUAUUGU